AAAAAUUUUCUCAUUCGAUAGAUUGUCUCGAACUUGAAUAACGUUUUAUAACUUUUUUUUCAAUAUUUCAAUAAAAAAUUUUAACGUGCAAAAAAAUUCGAACACCAACUAGUUCUCAUAGUAACGACGUAGUCCGUUAAAAACCUCGUGCGAAAAAAAAGAAAUAAAAGAGCCGCAUAAAAAAGGACGAACGCGCAUGUUUUACACGUGCACGACACAAACAAAGGAUCACUAGCAAAGGUGUCGGCGGCUGAGGCCCAAUCAGCGAUCAACAAACAAACCAGAGAGACAGUGAAGAGCCAGGAAAUGAGUAAAACAAAGAGUGCUACGACAAGCACACGUAAAAGCAGUCACAAUUACGACGAUCAUGAAGGCGACCAUCACGACGAGCUGUCGGAUGAGCUGAGUAUCUCCAGCUCGGAGGACGAUGUUGUGGCGACAAGAAAAUCGCGUAAACUGCAGCCGACAGAUGCCGCUGAUUAUGAGGAGGGUGGAGGCAUAUACGACCGAGGUGGCCGGAGGCGACGCCGCAGCGGCAGUAAGAGGCGUCGUAGUCGUGGCAGACGAUCGCGCUCACGCCGUCGUCGCCGCUAGAUGUUUUUUGUUCCUUGCAGUUUUCUUUUUUAUUUUUUGGAUAAAUUUCGUGUAAAAGAAAUUUUAAUUUUAUUUAUUUAUUUUAUUUUUAUUUUUAUUUUUAUUUUUUGGUCCAACAACUCUUGACGCGUUGACAAAUUUUGUAUACUUUCAUGUAGAUAAAUCGGUUUGUGUGGAAAUAAAUUGCAAGUGAUACCUUAUAAUACAUAUAUGUA